UUUAUGAGUGGCCGCUCGAGUCACGUGACUCUAUUUAAGGCUCCCUUAUUUGGGAAGAGCGCAUAGGAUAAAGAAAGAGAUAUCUCCACCUAUAAAUUGUGCACUUUGGAGAACAAAAAACCCCUCAACUUCAAAGAGUCACAAAUCACCCUUAAUCAAAAAGGGUGCAGAAAUUUUUUUUGGGCCCUCCCCGCCAUGAGCUCCUACGUAGCCAAUUCAUUCUAUAAGCAGAGCCCCAAUAUCCCUGCCUAUAACAUGCAAACUUGUGGGAACUAUGGAUCGGCCUCAGAGGUGCAGGCAUCCAGGUACUGCUACGGUGGAUUGGACUUAAGCAUCACUUUCCCACCGCCUGCGCCUUCCAACUCUCUCCACGGGGUAGACAUGGCUGCCAACCCCCGGGCUCACCCCGACCGCCCCGCCUGCAGCGCCGCGGCCGCUCCGGGACACGCUCUGGGCAGAGAUGAAGCGGCUCCUCUGAACCCCGGGAUGUACAGUCAGAAGGCGGCUCGCCCAGCGCUGGAGGAGCGAGCUAAGAGCAGUGGGGAGAUCAAAGAGGAGCAGGCGCAGACAGGGCAGCCCGCCGGACUGAGCCAGCCACCGGCCCCGCCACAGAUUUACCCGUGGAUGACCAAACUGCACAUGAGCCACGAGACGGACGGCAAGCGGUCCCGAACCAGUUACACGCGCUACCAGACUCUGGAACUGGAAAAAGAAUUCCACUUUAACCGCUACCUCACUCGCCGCAGGCGCAUAGAGAUCGCCAACAACUUGUGUCUCAACGAGAGACAGAUCAAGAUCUGGUUCCAGAACCGCAGGAUGAAGUGGAAGAAAGAUUCCAAAAUGAAAAGCAAAGAGGCCCUUUAGAGGCAGCGGGGAGGCCCGCAGAUAGCGCCCUGAGCCCGCUUUGGUCCCUGCGCCUUUCCUUUUCGGUUUUCCGCUCUCUAUAUUUUGGGGCAAGGGCGGGGGCUGCAGCACCGGCUCCGGGGCCUCACAGACAAAAGCGCUUUUCCUUGGCAUUCCGCAUCCCCACCGACCCCAGGUUCCCGCGGGGCUGCCCGCGCUGCCCGGACUCCCCUCAGUUCUGCUUAGCACCGGGGGGGCCCAGGGCAAGCUCCGCAGGGGCUCUCCAGAGGGCUGUGGUAUACCGGCUGGUGCCGAAGGAACCCUGGCCUG